CCUCCCGCCAUCUUCUUGUCUCCCUUAAUCCAGCAGCCGCAGCAGCCAGGACAGACACCACCAGCGAAAGUCGUCGUCGGCGGCGGAGAACAGAGGCGGUAGUUCCUCCGGCCAGCUAAACCCGGCGAUAUCAACAGUAAACAAUCGGCAGCAGCCGUCCCUCCUGUGAUCAGUCCUACCACCGGCAACCUCUUCACCAUUGUUUUAAAAACAAAAUAAAAAAUAAAAUAAAUUAACGAGGUGUAAUACUCUCCGUGUGAGGAGUUUGAAAACAGACAGAAGAACAACCAUUGUUUUUUCAACAGGGUGAUCAUGGUUGGUGGCAAUUUCAAAGCGCGUCAACCACUUCGCACCUUGAAGACAUGUAAUAUAACGAAUAGCGAAAGCCGACGGCGAAACCUCACCGACAACCAUAAGUCUAAGAAGCAGAGGAUAGUCGAGUCUGCUACCGCCGAGGAGGAGAUUGAAUCGAAGUUUGGAUUCGGUCUCUUCUCUGAAGGUGAUAAGAGGCUUGGAUGGUUGCUCACUUUUGCUCCUUCCUCUCGGAAGGAUCAGGAUACUGGAAAGGUCUAUAGCUGUAUCGAUCUUUAUUUUGUAACUCAGGAUGGCAGCAGUUUCAAAUCAAAAUACAACUUUCGUCCUUAUUUCUAUGCAGCCACAAAGGAUAAAAUGGAAACUGAUGUGGAGGCUUAUUUGAAACGGCGUUAUGAAGGUCGAAUAGCUGAUAUUGAGAUUUUAGAAAAAGAAGACCUUGAUCUUAAGAACCAUCUGUCGGGCUUGCAUAAGGCAUAUUUAAAGCUAUCAUUUGACACUGUUCAAGAAUUGAUGAAUGUAAAAAAUGAACUAUUCCAUGUUGUUGAAAGCAACUGGGAGAAAUCUGAUGCUGCAGAAGCAUAUGAUUCUAUUUUAUUUGGGAAAAGAGAACAAAAGCCUCAAGAUUUUCUAGAAUGUAUUGUUGAUCUUCGAGAGUAUGAUGUUCCUUACCACGUUCGCUUUGCUAUUGAUCAUGAUUUGCGCUGCGGACAGUGGUAUGAUGUUAGUGUAUCAAGCACUGGUGUUACUCUUGAGAAGAGGAAAGAUCUUCUGCAACGUGCUGAAGUUCGCAUAUGUGCAUUUGAUAUUGAGACCACAAAGCUACCAUUGAAAUUUCCAGAUGCUGAAUAUGACAUGAUAAUGAUGAUUUCCUAUAUGGUUGAUGGACAAGGGUACUUGAUUAUCAACAGAGAGUGUGUUGGAGAAGAUAUCGAGAAUUUGGAGUACACUCCAAAACCUGAAUAUGAAGGGUUCUUCGAGGUGACCAAUGUGAAAAAUGAGUUGGAGCUUCUCAAAUUGUGGUUUUCCCAUAUGCGAGAGGUGAAACCUGGUAUCUAUGUCACCUAUAAUGGCGACUAUUUUGACUGGCCAUUCCUUGAAAGCAGAGCGGCAUUUCAUGGGUUAAAAAUGAGUAAUGAAGUAGGAUCUCAAUGCGACAAGAAUCAGGGGGAAUGUCGUUCAAAAUUUGCUUGUCAUUUGGAUUGCUUUGCCUGGGUGAAGCGUGAUAGUUAUCUUCCUCAGGGUAGUCAUGGUUUGAAGGCUGUCACAAAAGCAAAAUUGGGUUAUGAUCCUCUUGAAGUGAAUCCUGAGGAUAUGGUGCGGUUUGCAAAGGAAAAGCCUCAGAUGAUGGCUUCCUAUUCCGUUUCAGAUGCUGUUUCUACAUACUACUUGUACAUAACCUAUGUUCAUCCUUUUAUUUUUUCUCUUGCAACCAUCAUUCCAAUGACCCCAGACGAGGUAUUGCGCAAGGGAAGUGGGACACUUUGUGAAAUGCUUUUAAUGGUUCAGGCUUACAAGGCUGAUGUUGUGUGUCCCAACAAACAUCAAUCAGAUCCAGAGAAGUUCUACAACAACCGGCUUCUUGAAAGUGAGACAUACAUAGGUGGUCAUGUAGAAUGUCUUGAGAGUGGUGUAUUUAGAUCUGACAUUCCUACCAGUUUUAGGCUUGAUUCAUCUGCUUAUGAUCAAUUGAUAGACAAUCUAGAUCGGGAUCUACAGUAUGCCAUACAAGUAGAAGGAAAGAUGGACRUGGAAAUGGUGUCAAACUAUAGCAAUGUGAAGAAUGCUAUCAUGGAAAAGCUUAUUAGAUUGCGGGAUGGACCUGUACGUGAAGAGUGCCCUUUGAUAUAUCACCUUGAUGUAGCUGCAAUGUAUCCUAACAUUAUUUUAACAAAUAGGCUUCAGCCGCCGUCAAUAGUUACAGAUGAGGUUUGUACUGCCUGUGAUUUCAACCAUCCCGAAAAAACUUGUCUACGAAAACUUGAAUGGGUUUGGCGUGGAGAGGUAUUCAUGGCUAAAAAGAGUGACUAUUAUCAUUUGAAGAGGCAAAUUGAGUCUGAGUUUGUUGAUAGCGGUGACAUUCGGUUGUCAAAAUCAUUUCUUGAACUUCAGAAGUUGGAGCAGCAGGCAAAGCUCAAAGAUCGUUUGAAGAAAUACUGUCAGAAGGCUUAUAAACGGGUACUUGACAAGCCAGUCACUGAAGUUCGAGAAGCAGGGAUCUGCAUGAGAGAAAACUCCUUCUAUAUUGACACUGUCCGUAGUUUUCGAGAUAGAAGGUAUGAGUACAAAGGGCUCAAUAAAGUAUGGAAGGGGAAACUAUCAGAAGCUAAAGAGAGUGGAAAUUCAAUCAAGAUACAGGAAGCCCAAGACAUGCUGGUUCUUUAUGAUUCUUUACAACUUGCUCAUAAAUGUAUCCUCAACUCCUUUUAUGGAUAUGUGAUGCGGAAGGGUGCUCGAUGGUACUCAAUGGAAAUGGCUGGGGUUGUUACAUAUACUGGAGCAAAAAUCAUUCAGAAUGCUCGUCUACUGAUCGAGAAAAUUGGAAAACCACUGGAGUUAGACACUGAUGGUAUCUGGUGUGCACUACCUGGAUCAUUCCCUGAGAACUUUACCUUCAAAACAAAAGACUCAAAGAAGUUGACAAUUUCAUAUCCAUGUGUUAUGCUUAAUGUCGAUGUGGCAAGGAACAACACAAAUGAUCAAUACCAGACUCUUAUAGAUCCUGUGAAGAAAAUAUAUAAAACGCAUAGUGAAUGCUCAAUUGAAUUUGAAGUGGAUGGACCGUACAAGGCAAUGAUCCUUCCUGCCUCCAAGGAAGAAGGCAUUCUGAUCAAGAAGCGAUAUGCUGUCUUUAACGAUGAUGGAACCCUUGCAGAGCUGAAAGGCUUUGAGAUCAAGCGUAGGGGGGAGUUGAAGCUCAUCAAAGUUUUCCAGGCCGAACUUUUUGACAAAUUUCUUCAUGGUUCUACCUUAGAGGAAUGCUAUUCAGUUGUUGCAUCUGUUGCAAAUCGCUGGCUUGAUCUUCUAGAUAGUCAAGGAAAAGAUAUUGCAGAUAGUGAGUUGCUUGAUUAUAUAUCUGAAUCCAGUACCAUGAGCAAGUCUCUGGCAGACUAUGGGGAGCAAAAGUCUUGUGCUGUUACCACUGCAAGACGCCUUGCUGAUUUUCUUGGUGACACAAUGGUCAGGGAUAAAGGCCUACGUUGUCAAUAUAUAGUUGCAUGUGAACCCAAGGGAACACCUGUAAGUGAGCGUGCUGUUCCUGUUGCUAUAUUUGAGACUGAUGCAGAGAUCAUGAAAUUUUAUGUACGCAAAUGGUGCAAAAUUUCAUCAGAAGCUGGAAUUCGAUCCAUCAUUGACUGGUCCUACUACAAGCAACGCCUAAGCUCAGCCAUUCAAAAAAUUAUAACAAUUCCAGCUGCCAUGCAAAAGGUUGCAAAUCCUGUCCCUAGGGUGGUUCAUCCUGAUUGGUUACAUAAGAAAGUUCGUGAGAAGGAUGAUAAAUUUCGCCAACAGAAAAUAGUUGAUAUGUUUGCCUCCUCAAAUGGAGCUAAAUUUUCAAAGAACAGUGGUUUUAGCUGCAGCAAACAUGUGAUGAACGAAGAGAAUUCUGAAGAUUUAGAAGACUUUCAAAAGAAAACGAGUUCUAUAAAUGGCCCCAAACCAGUUGUCCGAUAUUAUGAUGUUAGACCCAUGAAACAUUCAGUUAGAAGAAAUAGCCAAAUAGAUUCCUCGAUGCAGGAAAAAAUUAAUGCUGGAGGACGUGGGCCUUCUUCACCAUUGUAUUUUGAAAACAUUGACAGAAAUGUGGAUUACCGAGGAUGGCUUGAAAUGAAGAAGCGGAAGUGGAAGGAUAAUUUGGACAAGAGGAAGAAACAAAGAUUGGGGACUCCACUUCCUGCUAAUGAUGUUACAAGGGAGUUAAAUUGUGCUACGAAUAAUAAAGAGGCUCCUAGAAUUGCAGGUGUUGAUUCAUAUUUCAAGAGGCAUGAAAUAUCUAUMACACACUGCCAUUGGCAGAUUAUACAGCUUGUUCAUAGUUCACAGAAUGGCCAAUUUUUUGUUUGGGCUGUCGUUGAAGGAGUUAUGCUAAGGAUUCCUAUUACAGUUCCAAGAGUUUUUUACCUUAAUUCYAAAGUACCCGUCACAGAAGAAGUGGGUAGGGGUGUUAACAAAAUCCUUCCCCAUGGAAGGCACACCUAUAACCUCUAUGAGGUUGUGACUGAUGAAGGUCAAUUUAAGACACAGAGCAAUAAACUUGCAGCCCUCCUUGCAGAUCCAGAAGUUGAGGGAAUCUAUGAGAGCAAGGUACCAUUGGAGUUCAAGUCUAUCCUCCAGAUUGGUUGUGUCUGUAAAGUUGAUAAAGCUGCUAAAAGACGAAACAUUCAAGAUGGGUGGAAUCUGAAUGAACUGCAAAUGAAGACUACAACAGAAUGCAGUUAUCUGGAAAAACCAAUAAUUUUCUUUUAUGUGUAUCAUAGCAUUUCUGAAGGAGGAGCUAUCUACAUUACUUAUUUUCCUGGCAUAGGAUCCAUACUUGUGGUGGUGGUUAGCCCUUACCGAAACAAAGACUUGUCUUCCACUUUUCUUGAAAGGCAAUUUCRUGAAGCUUGUCAAAUGCUCUCUGGUCAAUCACAAUCUCCAAAUAGUGGUAUAAAUUACAAGGUUGACUAUGUUGCUAACAACAAAGAAGCUGAAGUGAUUUUGCAGAGAUCAAUAACAGAGCACAGGAGCAUAAAUCGUGGACCUAUUGUAGCUGUAAUUGAUUGCCCAAAUCUGCAGCUGCUGAAGUCAGGUGUGAGAGCGUUAGACGAUUUUCCAUGUGUGAGGGUCCCUUAUAAUGCUCGUCAUAGUCAAUAUCAGUUUCUUGGUUGGCAACAAAAAGCUGCAAAGAUUGGAAUGCAACGGUGUGCUGCAUCAUCCCAGUGGUUGAAUGAUAGAAUCUCUCUUGCCAGAUAUGCGCAUGUACCUGUAGGAAACUUUGAACAUGAUUGGAAAAUUUUUACAGCAGAUAUUUUCUUUUCAAGAGCAUUACAUGAUCAACAGCAGGUACUUUGGGCAUCAGAUGAUGGUGUUCCAGAUAUAGGAGGCAUUAAUAUUGAAGAUGUGUGUUUCGUGGAUGAGGUCCAACAACCUUUUCUGAAAUGUUCUGGAGCAUAUAGAAAAAUUUCUGUGGAGCUUAAGAUCCAUCAUUUGGCUGUUAAUGCUCUGCUGAAGAGCAGCCAAGUGAAUGAAAUGGAAGGUGGGUUUGAUGAGGCUCCAUCGGCAUUUCAUGUCCUGAAACAAUUGAUACAAAGGUGUCUUGCAGAUGCAGUUACAUCUGGAAACGUAUAUGCUGAUGAAAUUUUGCAGCAUCUUUACCGUUGGAUUUCGAGCCCCCAAUCAAAACUUCAUGACCCAGCUCUUCAUCGCUUGCUUCACAAGGUUAUGCGGAAGGUGUUUGCUCUUUUGUUGGCUGAACUACGCAAAUUAGGUGCCACCAUUAUUUUUGGGAACUUCUCGAGAAUAAUUAUAGACACGGGAAGGUUUAAUCUCUCUGCUGCUAAAGCAUACUGUGAUAGCUUGCUGAGAACACUACAAACAAGGGACCUGUUCGAGUGGAUUGAACUGAAACCAGUACAGUUCUGGCACUCGCUGUUGUUUAUGAAUCAGUACAAUUAUGGUGGAAUUGGAGCAAGGGAGGAUGAAACCACAGAUGUUGAAUCUCAAGUUGACGUAGUAUCCAACUGGAACAUUGCUGAAUAUCUACCGAAGAAGAUUCAGGACUCCUUUGUUUCUAUCGUUUCUCAAUUUGUAUAUAUUCCAUGGAAAUAUGCAACCGAGCAAGCUGCAGCAGGCACAUCCUUGCAGCGGGAUGACACGUGUACCCCAUCCGUUACUGUUGUAGCCACUGAAUCGUUUGAAUUAAGCGUGACAGAAUAUCUCAAAGAGCAGCUAAGUUCUUACUUCAGCCACCAACUGUUUGGUAUUGUUCGUGAUUUACUAAAACAACCUUCUGGUAGUGUUCAUAAAGGAGAUGCUGCAUUGGAGUUCAUUAAUUACGUCUGCGCUGCUUUKGCUCUAGACCAAAAUGUCCAGAAUGAUGUUCGGGUAAUGAAGAAGAAUUUACUGAAGUAUGUGCACGUAAGAGAGUUUGCACCAGAGACUGAGUUUUCCGAUCCCUGCCCGUCCUUCAUCUUACCCAAUGUCUUUUGCAGCUACUGUAACGAGUGUCGAGAUUUGGACUUGUGCCGCGACUCAGCCUUAGGAGCACAAGAAUGGCGCUGUGGUKUGGCAGAGUGUGGGCAACCAUACAACCAACAAGUGAUAGAGAACACUUUGAUUCAAAUUGUGCAGCAGCGAGAGCGUGCGUAUCACGUGCAGGAUUUGGUAUGCCUUCGAUGCAAGCAGGUUAAAGCGGCUCACUUGUGGGAGCAGUGUAGCUGUGCUGGCUCGUUUAAAUGCAAAGAUGACAAUCAAGAAUUUUUCAGCGACAUGCGGAUUCUCUUCGACAUAGCCACUCGUCAAGGCUUUCAAUUGCUCCAAGAGUUCACUUUAUGGAUCUUGCAUAAUGGGCUCCUAUUGGAAUCCUCAUCCGGCGGAGCAUAGUUUAGUAGCUACACCAUCGGUUCUGAGAGUYGUAGAUUUGAAUUUUCGCGCCAUAUUUAUAAUGUAAUAUUCUAAAAGAAAUAAAACGUAGGUGCAUGGUAUUCCUACUUUUUUUUCCUAGCUAUUUAUUUAGUCCGAGUACCUAAAUCUUGAAGUUGUAUAUAAAUUUAUUUAU